GUAAUGGCCCUAGAAACUGUGGUUUUUGAACAAGAUCCAUUUAGUUGUAGUCGUAAGGAUCUUCAAUAUGCCUUGGGAGGAGGAGGUACAGUUCUUCCUUGGAGCUAUGAACAUGACUACGGAGAAGACGACGUGAAGAAUCACAACAAGAUCCUAGUACACAACAUUAAUACUUGUGUGGGACAAGGUUCCAACGUCAUGAAUGCCAAGUACUUGGACUAUUGUACUUCAUCUUCUUCAAUGGUGCAGAGCGUUAACAAUAAUAUAAAUAAUGGUGAUAUCCGAGACGCCAAAAUUUCGCCGGCAGGAACUUCAACAGCUGCGGCAGCCACCGUUGGCCGACGAAAGCAACGUCGUACCAGAAGUGUCAAGAACAAGGAGGAGGUCGAGAAUCAGCGGAUGACCCACAUCACCGUUGAACGCAACCGGCGGAAACAGAUGAACGAUUAUUUCGCCGUUCUCCGAUCCAUGAUGCCUUCCUCUUAUGUCCAAAGAGGAGACCAAGCAUCAAUAGUAGGAGGAGCCAUUAAUUUUGUGAAGGAACUUGAACAACUACUCCAAUCCUUAGAGGCCCACAAACGAAUCAAUCAACAUGAAUUAGAUCAUUCUACUGUCCCUUCUCUCUUUUCUGAUUUCUUCAUCUUCCCUCAAUAUUUGACCUUUUCGGUCAACAACAAAUCAGUUACGGAACCGAAAUCAACGGCGGAGAAGCGAUGUGCUAUAGCCGACGUUGAAGUGACAAUGGUGGAAAGCCACGCCAACAUAAAAGUGCUUUUGAAAAGACAUCAAAAGCAGCUCGUGAAGAUGGUUGUCGGAUUGCAAUUUCUGCGCCUUGUGGUUCUUCACUUGAAUGUCACUACCGUAGAUAGUAUGGUUCUUUACUCUUUUAGCGUCAAGGUUGAAGAUGACUCUGAGCUGACGUCAGUGAAUGAGAUUGCAGCUUCUGUGUACGAAAUGGUGGGUAGGAUCCAAGAGGAAGCAGAUUUGAUUAGCUGAUGUCCAUAAUCUGAAUUUCUCAAGUUGUUUUGGCAAUCUAUAUGUAUGUUUUUCUUGUCCAUCUUGUUGAGGAAAAAAAAGGUGCUAGAAGAAUUAAAUUGAC